AGGAUUCCCUACCUGGGGCCCAUUUAUGGAGGCCUGAGGGAAGGGAUGUCCAUCUACAUCCAGGGCUCCAUCCCCGAGGACAUCACCAGGUUCUUUAUCAACCUGCUCUGCGGAGAGUCGGAUUCCAGCGACAUUGCCCUCCACUUCAACCCCCGAUUUGAUGGCUGGGACAAAGUGGUCUUCAACACAUGUCAGGACGGAUCCUGGGGGUCUGAGGACAAGAUUCGUGAUAUGCCUUUUUGUAAAGGCCAGUCCUUUGAAAUGGUUAUCAUGAUCACAUCACAGGGCUAUCAGAUCAAAGUCAACGGGAACGACUUUCACACCUUCGAACAUCGCCUCCCUCUGCAGAGAGUCUGUGCCAUGCAGAUCGCAGGAGAUGUUUCCAUCCAGACGAUUAACGUCAUUGGG